CCGGCUCCCCUCGCCUAAGCUGCCGGGGGGACGUCAUGAGCCGCUACCGCAUCCGCGUGGCCACCGGGGCCUGGCUUUUCUCCGGGUCGCACAACUGCGUGCAGCUGUGGCUGGUCGGGGCGCUCGGGGAGGCGGAGCUGGAGCUGCAGCUGAGGCCCGCGCGGGGCGAGGAGGAGGAGUUUGAUGUGGACGUGGCCGAGGACUUGGGGCCCCUGCAGUUCGUGAAGUUGCGCAAACGCCGCUCGCUGGUGGACGACGCGUGGUUCUGCGACCGCAUCACGGUGCGGGGCCCUGGAGCCUGCGCGGAGGCCGCCUUCCCGUGCUACCGCUGGGUGCAGGGCGACGGCGUCCUGAGCCUGCCCGAGGGCACCGCCCGCCUGGCAGGAGACAAUGCCUUGGACGUGUUCCAGAAGUAUCGAGAAAAGGAACUGAAGGACAGACAGAAGAUCUACUGCUGGGCUACCUGGAAAGAAGGGUUACCCCUGACCAUAGCUGCAGACUGUAAGGAUGAUUUACCUCCAAAUAUGAGAUUCCAUGAGGAAAAGAGGCUGGACUUUGAAUGGACACUGAAGGCAGGGGCUCUGGAGAUGGUCCUCAAACGUGUUUACACCCUCCUGAGCUCCUGGAACCGCCUAGAAGACUUUGAUCAGAUCUUCUGGGGCCAGAAGAGUGCCCUGGCUGAAAAGGUCCACCAGUGCUGGCAGGAUGAUGAGCUUUUUGGCUACCAGUUCCUCAAUGGCGCCAACCCCAUGCUGUUGAGACGUUCCACCUCUCUGCCCUCCAGGCUAGUGCUGCCCUCAGGGACAGAGGAGCUUCGGGCACAGUUGGAGAAAGAACUCCAGAACAGUUCCCUGUUUGAAGCUGACUUUAUCCUGCUUGAUGGAAUUUCAGCCAACGUGAUCCAGGGAGAGAAGCAGCACCUGGCAGCUCCCCUUGUCAUGCUGAAGAUGGAAGCCAAUGGGAAGCUUCUACCCAUGGUUAUCCAGAUCCAGCCUCCCAAACCCAGUUCCCCAACCCCAACACUAUUCCUGCCCUCAGAUCCCCCACUUGCCUGGCUCCUGGCAAAGUCCUGGGUCCGAAAUUCAGAUUUCCAACUGCACCAGCUCCAGUAUCAUUUGCUGAACACUCAUCUGGUGGCUGAGGUCAUUGCUGUCGCCACAAUGAGAUGCCUCCCAGGGCUGCACCCUAUCUUCAAGCUCCUGAUCCCCCAUAUCCGCUACACCAUGGAAAUCAACACCCGGGCCCGGACACAACUUAUCUCAGAUGGAGGAAUAUUUGAUAAGGUAGUGAGCACAGGUGGAGGAGGCCAUGUGCAGUUGCUCCGUCAGGCAGCGGCUCAGCUGACCUACUGCUCCCUCUGUCCUCCUGACGACCUGGCUGAGCGGGGCCUGGUGGGAAUCCCAAGUGCUCUCUAUGCCCACGAUGCUCUACAGCUCUGGGAUAUCAUUGCCCGGUACGUGGAGGGGAUCAUCCACCUCUUCUACCAAAGGGAUGACGUUGUGAGGGGGGACCCUGAGCUGCAGGCCUGGUGUCGGGAAAUCACAGAGGUGGGGCUGUGCCAGGCCCAGGAUCGAGGUUUCCCUAUCUCCUUCCAGUCCCAGACUCAACUCUGCCACUUCCUUACCAUGUGUGUCUUCACAUGCACUGCCCAGCAUGGGGCCAUCAACCAGGGCCAGCUGGACUGGUAUGCCUGGGUCCCUAAUGCCCCAUGCACAAUGCGAAUGCCCCCACCCAGUACCAAGGAGGAUGUGACAAUGGCCACAGUGAUGAGGUCACUACCUGAUGUCCAGCAGGCCUGUCUUCAAAUGACCAUCACAUGGCAUCUGGGCCGCCGCCAGCCAGAUAUGGUGCCUCUGGGACAUCACAAAGAAAAAUAUUUCUCAGGCUCCAAAGCCAAAGCAGUGCUAAAGCAAUUCCAAACAGAUUUGGAAAACUUGGAAAAGGAAAUUACAGCCCGUAAUGAACAACUUGACCUACCCUAUGAAUAUCUGAAGCCCAGCCACAUAGAGAACAGUAUCACUAUCUGAAUCCUGAGGUGCAAAACUUCACAUCAGGACUUUGCUUUAGGACUGACAUUUCCACCUUGAAUUUCAUGCUUACCUAAGUCUCUGCUGCUAAGGCUCUAUCUCUUCCCCUAGCUACAUCAGUGUUCCACUAGUCCAAAGGGCAAUAAACUUUUUCUGCAAAGGCCAGUUAAUAUUUCAGGCUUUGUAGGCUAUACAGUCUCUGUCACAACUACUCAGUUCUCCUGCUGUAGCAUGAAGGCAGUCACAGACAAUAUGUAAACAAAUGAAUGUGGCUGUGUUGCAAUAAAACUCUAUGAACAGUGAGAUAUAAA